UUGUGGUCCGAGUAAAAACUUUAUCUUGGAACCUUCCGGGAAACAUCACAAGAAUAUUUAGUAUUCUUGAUACGUGUAUCGCCUUUUAAAACUUAGGUUUUUUUUUUUUUUUUGCAUAUUCAAUUGGUUGUUGCGUUCCCUGUUUGCAUGCAGAAGUUACUUUAUUAUAAUCUUGUAUCCAACUGUGCAUUUUCUUUGGCAACACUCGAUGCUCUUGGCUAUUUAUUCGCACGUCAAUUUUAUUUGGCAUUCCAGUCUCUCUCCCUAUCUUUGUCAUACGUGUAACUAUGUUGUCGGAACAUGUUAUUUGUCAUGAACAUAUCGUCAUAUAUAUAUAUAUAUGAAUGAUUAGGUCCAAAAUUUAGAUUUUAAACUGGAUGGAAGAGAACUGGUCUAAAAUAACUAGUCAAUCUCUUACCAGAUUUUUAAUGUAGCGAUACUUCCAUGUUGUUCAUUUUGAUGGUCAUCUCUUUUGGUCUCAUCAUAUACCUCAAAAAAUAAGAUGUGCUUUGAAACAGUACUUUUACAUGAUUGGACAAGACAAGAGUGGAGCAGUUCGUAGAGUCUUAAAGAUUAGCAGAUUAGAGCCUUUUGAGCUUGAUAUUACUGAAGACUCUACAACGUAUUCAGAAGUUGACUGCAAAGAAUUGCUAAAGAGGAUAGAUGAUGGAAAUAUGUCUACUGGUGGGCUUAAGUUUGUGACAACUUGUUAUGGUAUUGUUGGGUUUAUAAAGUUUCUAGGACCUUAUUACAUGCUUCUUGUCACAAAGAGGGAGAAGAUUGGUGUAAUUUGUGGACAUGCUAUCUAUUCCAUAACUGGGACCGACUUGUUUUCAAUUCCCAAUUCAACUGUGCUCUCAAAUAUGGCUUAUUCUAAGAAUGAGAACAGAUAUCUGAAGCUCCUAUGCACUGUGGAUCUCACGAGGGACUUCUUUUUUAGCUACUCCUACAAUAUCAUGUGUAGUCUUCAAAAGAACAUGAGGGACCAUGAAGCAGGACAUUUCCUUUAUGAAACAAUGUUCGUAUGGAAUGAAUUUAUGACUCGUGGUAUUCGAAAUCAUCUUAAGAAUACUCUCUGGACGGUUGCACUAGUGUAUGGGUUCUUUAAACAGGUAAACCUUCAGAUAUCAGGAAAGUGCUUUAACUUGAUCCUCAUAGCAAGACGAUCUCGACAUUACGCAGGAACCAGAUAUCUGAAACGAGGGGUGACUGAAGAAGGCUAUGUGGCGAAUGAUGUUGAGACAGAACAGAUUGUAAUAACAGAUGCCCCUGAUGGAUGUACUCAGAUAAGUUCUGUCGUGCAGAACAGGGGUUCAAUACCGCUUUUCUGGUCACAAGAAACUUCAAGAUGGCAUAUGAAACCCGACAUUAUUUUGUCCAAGAAGGACCCCGGUUAUAAAGCUACUAGACUCCACUUCAUAAAUCUUGCAAAGAGAUAUGGAAAUCCAAUCAUAAUUCUAAAUUUGAUCAAGAUUCGAGAAAAGAGACCUAGAGAAUCUGUGCUUUGCGCAGAGUUCCACAAUGCUAUUGAUAUAAUAAAUAGAGAUCUGCGUGCAGAAAACCGCUUAAAGUUCCUUCAUUGGGAUCUAAGCAAUUUCUCCAGGAGCAAAACAAUGAACGUACUGUUAAUACUAGCUAAGUUGGCUGAACAAGCAUUAAAAUUAACUGGGAUCUUCUAUUGCCAAGCCCAGUCAUCUUCAAAAAGAAAGGAGAUAUUCAACUGGUUUUCCUCUGAGAAUUCAGAGCGGAGUAAUAUUAUCAAGGCAUCAUUUCAGAACGGAGUUCUAAGAACAAAUUGCAUAGACUGUUUGGACCGCACAAACGUCGCGCAAUUUGCCUAUGGCUUGGUCGCUUUUAUUCGUCAGCUCAACACUUUGAGACUUUUAGAUACUCCAAGCAUAGAUCUCGAUUCUCCCUUGGCAGAUGAAUUAUUAAGGUUGUACGAAAUGAUGGGGGACGAGCUUGCGUUACAAUACGGGGGAUCUGCAGCCCACAAUAAGAUUUUCUGUCAGAGAAGAGGCCAGUGGAAGGCUGCAACUAAAUCACAAGAACUAUUUAGAAUACUGCAACGUUAUUAUAGCAAUACUUACAGGGAUGCUGAAAAGCAAGAUGCGAUUAAUGUGUUUCUUGGCCAUUACAAGCCACAUCAAGGGAAUCUAGAACUAUGGGUGUUGGAUUCAGACCAACAUCCUCCCAAUGCUAGAAACGGCCGUCCUUAUUUUCUACAGGAAAAUGCAAGGUCAGAGAUUUUGAGGUCAUUGUCGGAUGGGAUCGUUCUCAGUGAAGCUAAAUCUCCUAAUGAAAAUGCAAAUGUUAGCAAGGAAGAAAAAAUCAAGCCAGUAUUUCCUGACAAGAUGCAAGAUAGUAACAAGGGUCAUUCGGAAUCCGCUCCUGAUAUCUUUACCUGUAAAAUUCAGGCAUCUUACUUCAGAUUUACCCCAGGAUUGCCUGACAGACAGCUUUUUCCCAAAAACUCUGAGGAAGACUUAUUCAGUUCUAACUUUAUCGACUUGGAUUGGAACUCCCAGUCGGAAAAUUUAUACGAGGAAGAAAUGUAUGACGGAUAUCCAGUUGUAAAUCAUGAUGGUCUAUCAUCUGAUAAUCUGGUUAAUGAGCUAAAUGUCGGUGGCGAAUCUGGAUGUAGCAUGCAGGGAAAGGAGACGAAUACUAAAGACAGGGAGCAUGAUGGUGAAUGCAGUUCAAACAUCCUCGCCGACUUUUCCUUUGCAAGAAUGAUGGAGAAAUGUUGUUCCUUCAAUUGAAGGAAGUUCUUGCAAGAGGUUUUUAAGCGGUAAUAUCAUCCAAGGAUGUGAAGACCAAGAAGCUGAGAAUUUGACAGAGGACAUACAAAUAGAAUACAAAAUGCAAGCUAGGUAGUGAUAAUGCCUGUCCGAGGCAUUCAUGUUAAAGACUUAAAGUUUUAUACUAGCCAUAGAAUUACUGGAUCUCAUGAUCGUGUACAUGCUUUUUUUAAUUAUAUUUACUCCCCGUGUAUAAUUAUUUGUAGUUCACAAACGAUAGUUUUACUAUCAUUAAGCGUGAAGAAGUUCAAAUUUCUUUGUCAUUUUGAUCCCAAGUCAGUUUCAUGAGAGGCUGAUAGCUAAUAAUUAUUGUGCAGAAUCUGCAUGCAAAAUUAGCACUUGUGCCUUGGAAGAGAACCUUUUUAUACUAGCAAAUUGAAUUGUACAGAUAUCACAGAUUAAUAACUGUUAUUGAUACUAAAUCUGAUUUCAGAUUUUAUAA